UGUCGCGGUGAACAGGCACUGCGGCAGUCACCUCUGUCCAUCCACCGGGUCCUUCUUGUUGAGGAACAAAGAUGGCGGCGUCCAUGCUGUGCAGGAGGACGGCAAUGUUAUGUAUGACUCUAAAGGGAAUUUCGUGUUCCAAAACGUUACUUUCUGCCGGCUCUCAGAGCGGACUUCUAUUGCAGUCGGCGUCCUAUAACCCCAAACCUUUAAAACGGAACCUGCGUGAGCAGUACGUCCCCGACAAGGACAGCGAGAAGACGCCCGAGUGGCAGAAGACGGGCCGCUAUGACGGGAAGCUAUUCGGUCGGUACGGUUCAGCGUCGGGUGUUGACCCUGCAUCGCUGUGGCCCAGCUACGAGCAGCUGGACAAGAUUAUCGCGGAGGAAAACGAGUGGCAUCCUCAGUUAGCGGUCAUGCUGAAGAACGUCGAGGCCAGGGAGAAAGAGGAAGCCGAAAAGCGGCUGGCAAAAGAUCAACUCAUCGCAGCCAACAUGGCCAAAAUGCCCAAGAUGAUAGCCGACUGGCGCAGGGAGAAGCGCGACACCAAGAGCAAUCUGAAGGAGGAGAAGGCCCGCCGCUCAAAGUUGCUGGCCGAGGCCAGAGAGCGCUUUGGCUACGCUGUGGACCCCCGCAGCCCCAAGUUCUUGGAGAUGGUUGCCGAGAUAGAAAAGGAGGAGAAGAAGAAGAAGAAGCUAAUGAAGCGCAGACUGAAAGAGGAGCAGGCGGUGGCUCCCGUCACGCCUCCUGCUGCCUCCUCGUAGUCUUGGACUGAGUAAUUUCACAUAUAAAUAACUAUUUAAUGAAGCUGGAGCGUGUGCUGCAUUCAGAGGGACAGCUGUUAAAGAGAAUCAGAAUAACAGCUUGGUCCUUGUGUGACCUGAUGGCAUCUGUAAAGACCUGGAUUCAAGAAAACUAACUUUUUUUUUUUUUUCAAUCUGUAAAAAACUUGAACAUCUAUGUAUUUAUCCGUCACUGAAAUAAAAUAAAUUUUGUACAGA